AUGUUCGAAAAGAGCAAUGACAAAAUUACCAAGCUGUCAGAUAAUCUAAAUACCGUGAAUGAAACACUGGCUGGAGUCUCAAAAAACCAUACAUCAUUUAUUGAACAGGUCCAAAAGUUGACUGAUAAAGUAAAUUCGACUGCAAAUAAAUGUGAUGAAAAUUCGAAUUCUAUUCUGUCACUUAAAUCUAAAAUUGAGGCGACUAUAAACCUAACAAUAAAUCAUCAAGCGGAUAGUCUUCCAUCAUCUCAGCUACUAGUAUCUGGUAUUCCUGAUGCAGUGGCAUCUGAGCUAUCACCAUCGCAGAUUGUGAAACAAAUUUUUGAAAAAUUAGAGGUUUCAAAUCUUGGAAAUGAUAUUCUUUUGACAUCGAAAAGACAACGAACAAAUGUGGAACAGUUUAGCAAACGUCUUGAUAAAUUAUUUGACAUUGCAAAUUGUGCUGCACUAAAAAAUUUACCGAAAAAUUUGCAGCAAUUUUUGACAGAUUGUCGUAAAGGAAAUAGAAAUAUCCAUCUACCAGCAAUUGACGUUAUACCAGAAGAAACUUCUGGAAAUCUGUCUGCGAUGGAAGUAGAAACUCCCAAUAAUGAGGAAAUUGGAAUGAAAUUAUCCCAACAGUCGUCCUUAAAUAGUUUCUGUAGUUCCAUAUCGAAUUCCAGUGAAUUGAAGCGAACUUGUUCAGACUUUGAAGAUACAAUGCCAGCGCCUAAGAAAAAUAAAAUUGAUAUUCUGACUUCGGAAUUAGUAUUAGCACUAGAUAGAACUAAAACUAGUAACAGAAAUGCGAUGUACAUCAUUUCUGCUGUUAUUCAAAGUUUAAGACUUGAGAUUGAUAAAUAUAAUUUAAGUUACUCCACUAUUCACAAUGCGCGUAUUUCAAAAAGAGAAGAAAUUGUCGAUACGAUCAAAGAAAAAGAAAUUUUUGAUGACUCUCUCGUAGUGCACUGGGAUGGAAAGAUGCUUCCUGCGGGAAAUGGUCAACAAUGUGAAAGCCAAGCUUCAGCCAUUUUUGAAACGCUGAUACAGUGGGAUCUUUGCGAUAAUGUUAAAGCAAUGUGCUUUGAUACAACUAGUUCAAAUACCGGUUAUUUUAAUGGCGCAUGUGCAUUAUUAGAAGAUAAAAUUGGCCGUGACCUAUUAUAUCUUGCUUGUCGCCAUCAUACUUCUGAAUUGAUGUUACGAAAUGUUGCAGAAGUUGCUUGGCCAGUGACGAAUAGUCCAAAUGUACCGAUUUUCAAAAGACUCAGAGAUAAUUGGGAAAAAAUUGAUAAAUCUGCGUAUGAAAUCGGCACAGAGGAUAAAGAUAUUGCACUUAUUUUAAAUCAAAGAAAAGACGAUAUUCUUGACUUCAUAGAAAAUCAACUGAAGAAUCAUCAUCCGAGAAAUGAUUACAAGGAGUUUUUGGAGCUGAGCUGUAUCUUUUUGGGUGGUAUCAAAAGUCAUAGAGCCGAAUUUAAAGCACCUGGUGCUUUUCAUCACGCACGGUGGUUAUCGAAAGCUCUCUAUUGCUUGAAAAUAUAUAUGUUUAGAAACCAGUUUAAAAUAGGAGCAAACGAAAAAAAAAUUUUGCAGAAAAUAUGUGUUUUCAUCGUAAUAUUUUAUGUAAAAAUAUGGUUUACUGCUCCUAAUGCAAUAAAUGCUCCAAACUCGGAUUGACAAUUAGUAAAAGAUCUUAUUGACUACAGAAAAAUACAUCCAGAAAUUGCAAAUGCAGCACUCGAUAAAUUGUCUCGGCAUUUGCGGUACUUACACGAAAAUCUUGCUUGUUUAGCUCUUUUUGAUGAAACUGUGUCAGUAGAAGAAAAAGUAAAGAUCGUACAAAAAAUAAAUUCCCAGGUAGCGGUCAAAAAGCCUAAUAAACGUUUAUCAGUCGCUUAUGAAGAAAUAACGUCGUUAUCUGAGAAAAACAUAAGCGAUUUUGUUAAUCUAAACUCGUUGUUUAUUUUUGAGUAAUUUGAGCUCCCCUAUGAAUUUUUGCAUACAGAUCCAAGUUUGUGGGAAUCAAAUCUUGAGUAUAAACGAUGUUAUGAUACAUUCAAAAAGUUAAAAGUAGUGAACGAUACUGCGGAAAGAGGAGUAGCGCUAGCCGAAAGUUUUAAUGAAGUAUUGACUUAUAACGAAGAUGAAAGACAAAGAAUUUUUCAAACUAUUCAGCACCAUCGAUCUCAAUACACAUCGUGUAAAAAAUCACAAUAUAUUGACAAUGAAUUAAUCUAACAAUUCAUUUUUCUGCUUUCAAUAAUAAUUAAUUGGUAUUGUUGUUUUUA